AUGCGCGCGACAACGGGCAGGACGGCGGCGGCGGGGCUGCGGCUGGCGCUGCUGCUCCUGCUGGGGCUGGGGGCACCCCGGUUCGGGGUGCAGGGGGAGGACGGGCUGGACUUCCCCGAGUACGACGGCGUGGACCGCGUCGUCAACGUCAACGCGAAGAACUACAAGAACGUGUUCAAGAAGUAUGAGGUGCUGGCCCUGCUCUACCACGACCCCCCGGAGGACGACAAGGCCUCGCAGAGGCAGUUUGAGAUGGAGGAGCUCAUCCUGGAGUUAGCAGCUCAAGUCCUAGAAGACAAAGGUGUUGGCUUUGGGCUGGUGGACUCUGAGAAGGACGCAGCUGUGGCCAAGAAGCUAGGCUUAACAGAAGAGGACAGCGUUUACGUGUUCAAGGGAGAUGAGGUCAUUGAGUAUGAUGGCGAGUUUUCAGCUGACACCCUGGUGGAGUUUCUGCUUGAUGUGCUGGAGGACCCGGUGGAGCUCAUUGAGGGGGAACGAGAGCUGCAGGCAUUCGAUAACAUCGAGGAUGAGAUCAAACUCAUUGGCUACUUCAAGAACAAAGACUCGGAGCAUUUCAAAGCCUAUGAAGAUGCAGCUGAGGAGUUCCACCCCUACAUCCCCUUCUUCGCCACCUUCGACAGCAAGGUGGCCAAGAAGCUGACCCUGAAGAUGAACGAGAUCGAUUUCUAUGAGGCCUUCAUGGACGAGCCGGUGACCAUCCCAGACAAGCCCAACAGCGAAGAGGAAAUCGUCAGCUUCGUAGAGGAGCACAGGAGAUCCACGCUGAGGAAACUGAAGCCGGAAAGCAUGUAUGAGACCUGGGAGGACGAUCUGGAUGGAAUCCACAUUGUUGCCUUUGCAGAGGAAGCAGAUCCCGAUGGGUACGAGUUCCUAGAGACGCUCAAGGCUGUGGCCCAAGACAACACCGAAAACCCGGAUCUUAGCAUCAUCUGGAUUGACCCUGACGACUUCCCUUUGCUGGUUCCAUACUGGGAAAAGACGUUUGACAUCGACUUGUCAGCCCCACAAAUAGGAGUCGUCAAUGUUACUGACGCUGACAGCAUCUGGAUGGAGAUGGACGACGAGGAGGACCUGCCCUCGGCGGAGGAGCUGGAGGACUGGCUGGAGGACGUGCUCGAGGGAGAGAUCAACACGGAAGACGAUGACGACGACGAUGACGACGACGACGACUAGUUGCCGCAGCAACCGUCUUCCAGUCCCACUUGCUCUCCUCAUUCUCCCUCUUGCCUCCCUUGUCCUUUCCCGAGUCCUCUGGGGACGCUAGGCCAUUCUCUGUCCUAGGACCCGUUGGGGUCUCCGUGCUGGUGCUAAGACGCUGGUCCCCGACACCCCCCUUCUGGUGAGGAAAGGAGCUACUUUUCCCUAGCCGCCAGCCAAGCCCUCUCAUCUGCCGUGUCUCAGACUUUACCAGCAUCUAUGACUUGUUUCUUCCAUCACUCGCUCCCCUCCUUCUCCUGACUCUUCUCUUGCCCUAUCUCCAGGUCCCCUUCCCUCCCCCACUCUCUCAACCCUUCCAUCUGUCUAAUCCCUGGCCAGCAGGAAGGGAGGGCACCAGGCGAGCUGUAUCACAGCAAUCUCUUGUUCAUGUAUUUGGGUCAAAUGAGAGGCCUCAAUAAAGAGAUCUGGGGCAGCCUGA